GAAAAUUUACUCGUUUGUUCUGAAUAGCGAAGCCAGAUUGUUCAAUGAUGUCCACGUCCUCGGACCACCGAGUCCUUAGCGAUGUCAAGAAUCAUAGCUUCCCCCUGCCACCCAGGAUCAAUUUGAUGCAGAAUCGCUACCCGUUUUGCAUUGUGUGGACGUCGAUCCCAAUCAUCUCCUGGAUUUUCCCUUUCAUUGGGCAUGUCGGUAUCUGCGACAGCGAAGGAAGGAUUUACGAUUUUCAGGGUACCUGUCAUAUCGUCACGGAUCGCAUGCUUUUUGGAUAUCCGUUGAAGUACUGGGAUAUCUCACACAUCUACGUACCGUCUUUCUAUAAUCGCCCGAAGGAUUCCGUUAACUUUGAUGACGACAAAAUUCAAGACGAAAUCAACGCUUACGACGCUGCCAUUAGCCUCACCAAAGGUCACUUUUGCCUUGCGGAGCAUUACAACUUCUUCACCAAUAACUGUCACUCUUUCGUGGCAGCUUGCCUUAACCGACAGACAAUUCGCCCUCAGAGGGAAAACAUGCUCACGAUAUGUCUUGGAAUAGCUUUGCACAGUAAGUAUACUUCUUGGUCUGCGUGUGCUGCAGUAUAUGCACCUCUUAUUAUUUUAGUGGUGCUUCUUGCCGUUUUUCUAAUUGUUGCUUAUUCCGCAUAG